AUGUGGGUGGGGCCUGCCGGGCGGCUCGGCCUGUCGCCAUGGAGACGGCCCCCGCGGCCUGAGCUGCCUAGAGCCUGCGGUCCGGUCGGGCCCAUCGUGAAGCGGGGGCCCUGCGGUGCCCUCCCGUUCCCGGACAUGAGGCCGGUGCGUGGCCGCUGGGAACUGUCGCUGAGCUGGGGGGAUGAAAAGGGCUGCCGGUCUAAUGAGAACAUUUUAAGAGCUGCAUGAUUGACCCAAGGAGGCCUGCACUGUGAAACCAAGGCAACCACCUUGAGGCUGGGGUAAGAGGAAGCAAUUUUCUUUUUCGGCUUGCUGUAGAUGAACAUCUGCAAUAAACCGCCUAACAAGACAGCUCCAGAGAAGACGAGUGAUGAAGCAGCUCCUGAGGCCCAAUCCCAGCAUGCCCGGAGAAACGGUUGGAGCUGGCCGCCCCACCCAUUCCAGUUUAUCGCUUGGCUGCUCUACCUCUUCUUUGCCCUCGUCGGCUUUGGCGUCCUCGUGCCUCUCCUGCCUGUGCACUGGGUUCCUGCUGGGUACAUCUGCCCAGGAGUCUUUUUCCUCUGCCAUCUAGUAGUUCAUCUCUCAGCGGUUUCCAUUGACCCAGCCGAUGACAGCGUGCGUGCGAAAAAUUACCAGGGGCCUCUUGCCACGUUCAAUCGUAGCCAGCAUGCUCACGUCAUUGAGAACCGCCACUGUCACAUCUGUGAUGUCAAUGUGAGCUCCCGAUCAAAGCACUGUGGGACCUGCAACAAGUGUGUGUGCGGAUUUGAUCACCACUGCAUGUGGCUCAACAACUGCGUGGGGGAGAGGAACUACUGGCUGUUUCUGAACAGUGUGAUAUCAGCCAUCCUGGGCCUUCUCCUGAUCCUGCUCAUUGCCUUCUACAUCUUUGUGGAGUUCUUCCUUAACCCCAUGAAGCUGCGCACUGAUCAGCACUUUGAAGGUUUAAAGAACCAAACAGAUGUGUGGUUUGUGUUUCUGCCUGCUGCUCCCAUUGAGACCCAAGCCCCCGCCAUUUUGGCACUGGCUGGCAUCCUGAUCUUCCUGGGGCUGCUGACUCUGUUCCUGUUGACCCACCUCCUGAUCUUCCACAUUUAUCUCAUUUGGCACCGAAUGUCUACCUAUGAAUACAUUGUGCAGCAGCGCCCCCCCCAGGAAGUCAAGGAGCCUGACAAGCAGCUGGAAUCCUGUCCUCCCCAAGUGAAGCGACUUCAGGAAAUGCAGUUUUAUGCAGGAAGUCUUGGAUAUACCAACCCCGAAGCUCCAGGGGAGGAUUCAGGAUUAGCCUCAGGGAAAGACCUACCAAAGUUCUGCAUGCGCAGUGAUGGUUCGGACUCCAAGCUCAUCCUCUCUCCUGAAACUUCAGAGACCCAAGUUGGACUCCCGCCACAGAAAAAGAGGAAGAAAAAGAGGAAGCGGUACAAGGAGCCCUCUUCUCUGGCAGAGGAAAGAUCCAAGGAGAUGGUUGCCCCGUGGUCUUCUCUUCCAGUUUUACAGCAAGAACUGGCAGUCGUGGCCACCACUUCCUCAGCCUCCUCCUCCUCCAGCCUUCGCCUCCCCAUCCCAGCUUUCCCUCCCCAGGUGAACACACCCCCAGGGAGCAGCGGCCCCGUCCAGGCGGCAGGCCCCCCAGCCGAUUACCAUUCUGAGUCGGCCGAGUCCAUGGACGAGAUCCCCGUGGCCCAGACACGCCUGGGAAGCAGCGCCCUUAACGGAGCUUCCAAGAGCCACCUGAGCGGCGCUCAGCAUCUCCCGCUCCCGGCGGCCCCUUCCCAAGGGGGAAGAGAGAAGUGCCAGAACGCUGGGCGCAAAGCCAAGAGGAAGAACUGUCCGCCAUCCGCGCUGCCACAAGAGGAAGAGCUGGAACUGUCCUUUAAGGUCCCCACUGUGUUUGUGAGCACAAGCAGUGGGGAGCUGCCCGUCCCCAACUCCUGGUCUGGCGAAUCCUCUGAACCUCCUCACAGAAAAUGCUCUAGCAAACAGCAUAUAGAGGACCAGGACUUCCAUGCCUGGGACAUGAGCAACAGUACAACUGCGGCAUAGCCUCACCCCCACAACAUCCAAGGGGAAAAGCAAAGGGGGUAUAAGGUGCUCGCUCUCCCAAAUAUAUAUGUGUUCUGAGGGUUUAAAAACGAGUGAUCUAUCUUGCUUGCCGGCCUUGUCUCUUCCAUGCUGCUGUUUUAUUGUGGAGUGGGGAAAUGUUCUGUCACCUUUCUGGCUCCUGCAGCAGAGACACGAAUGCCUUCGGGUGGACAGCCGAGUGGUCCAUUGCUGCCCCGGGGCAGGAGUCUUCCCUCAAGUGGUGUGGACCAAAGAACCAGAUAAAUAAGGUUUUUGGGUUGAGUCUCUUCGGUGCUUGGACUCUUACCUCUGCUAGACCUCACCAGAAGCAAAAUGACACCCCGUACAUAACUUGAUACAUUCCUGUGGGGUGCCAGAAGCAGCUGCAUCAUGUCCCAUUUGUGUGGGUGUGUGAGUGUGUGUGGGUGUGGAGUGGGGAUGUUUGGAAAGAGUGCUCGUUCUCCAUCCCUUUCUAUUCCUUUCAGAACCUUUCUCCAUUUGUCCAUCUCUCCACUUAUCUGCAAGGGAAGAUGCAAAGUGCCAUUGCUGUCCUGUAAGCAUUCUCUCCUCCAUCAUGACUUGGGCUUUUUUUUUUUUGUAGCAGGGACUCCUUUGCAUAUUAGGCCACGCACCCCCUGAUGAAGCCAAUCCUCCAAGAGCUUACAGGGCUCUUAGUGCAGAGCCUACUGUAAGCUCCAGGAGGACUGGCUACAUCAGGGGUGUGUGGCCUAAUAUGCAAAGGAGUUCCUGCUGCAGAAAAAGACUUGAUCAUGGCUUAUUUUCUCCUUGCAAUGCAGGUUUAUUGUUAAAAGAAAAACCUCUGACCUUGGUUCUCAGAGGUCAGGGCCAGUAGCUUUGGGCAUCUUCUCUCUUGCAUGUUCUCUUGGCAGCACAAGACUCCUCGUGCACAUGAUGGAUUGGCACUAACAAAGGCCCCGAGAGAAGAGACAUCUUGUGCAGAUACUGGAUUUGGGGUUUCAAAUAGGUCCAUUUUCCUUUAGUGUGCUAGAAAGGUUGCAGCCCUUCCUGACUGCUUUCCCAUUCUUUAUGCAACAAUAUUCUCAAACCUUUGACUUCUGUGAGACUCCCUGGACAGCUGUGGGCACAAUAAAGGUUUUUUUUCUAUC